GAACCUACCGGAACCCGGGAUACAAGUGACGGUAGGCGGAACUUCCUGUUGGAAGUCUCAAGUUUAGCUGCAUCCGCUGUAACUAUGUAAUCUAUCAUAUACUGUAUAUGUCUUUGGUUAGAUAACAGAGCUUUGGCAGUCCGUUAAAGGUGGGGACUAUAUGAUCCGAAAACAAAACAGUGUGGACGCUGCAGUCGGACAAUAACAGAGACGUGUUUAUUCAUUACAAAUCGAGUUGGGACUGGUUAAGUAAGCAGAUCUCCACAGAAAUGAGGUCGUUUGUUCUCCAAUAUCCUAAAACAGUUGCUCUGCUCACAGUGACAGGUAUUAAUGCUAUGACCAUGGUUUCUUUUUGAGAGUUUUUGUGGAGCAAAACUUCAAAAACAGUUAGAUAUUUUGAAACGAUGAAUGUGAUCAGUCACUGUACUUAUUGGCUCUGAUUGUCACAUAUCAGCCCUUUUGUGUGUUUGUUUAUGGUAUUAGAUCAGAACUUUACUAGACUGAAAGACGAGGACAUGCUGGAAGUACAUGUGAUUAUUAACUCAAGGCUAAAGGUCAUGUUUUCAGAUGCCAUCUAGCUGAUUACACAACAUGACAGAAACUUUAAAUGUAUGGGCAAGUAUCAACUGAAAAGGUGCAGAUUUUAUUAAUCCUUUUUUUAUUGUCCAUGAAAGAUGGAGAGUCACUCGGGAGGAUAAGGGGUAUUGCUUUGCAUUAACACAGGCUCUGUUGUUACAGGAGUGGGACUCCUUGGCGUGAAGAGAUGGAUGGCAGGGGGAGUCUGUCACAGCAAAGUCCGAUUAGAUGGAAAGACAGUCUUGAUCACUGGAAGCAACACUGGAAUUGGCAAAGAGACUGCUGUGGACCUGGCUCGAAGAGGUUGAUAAUCUUGGUUUUAUAUCCCUAAUUUUGUAUAAAAAAAAAUUAUGAUCUAAUUCAGAUUUACACCUGUUUUACAGGAGCAAGGGUUAUUCUGGCCUGUAGGGACAUGGACCGGGCCAAUAAAGCGGCAGAGGACAUUAAAAAGAGCAGUGGGAGUGAGAAUGUUGUCGUCAAAAAGCUGGACUUGGCAUCCCUCCAGUCGGUACGACAGCUAGCAAAAGAUGUUUUGGCAAGCGAAGAGAGGCUGGAUAUUCUCAUCAAUAAUGCAGGUCAAUGUUACUAUAAGCCCCAUCAGCAGCCUGGUAGUGUUAAAGAUCCGUCUCUAAUGGCUAUGGGUCAGGUGAGAGAUGCUCAAUAAACGUAUAUUUUUGUCUUCAGGUAUCAUGAGCUGUCCAAAAUGGCAGACUGAAGACGGAUUUGAAAUGCAGUUUGGUGUGAACCACCUGGGUCACUUCCUUUUAACACACUGCCUUUUGGAUCUUCUGAAGAAGUCGGCCCCGAGUCGCAUUGUCAAUGUCUCCAGUUUAGCUCAUGAAAGAGGUGCAGUUUCUCACUUUUCCUGCUGGUUGUUGAUCUUUUUUGUUGUUGUUGUCUGUUUUUCUCUCUUUCAUUCAGUUUUUAAACUCUGAAUAACAGUGGGUCGCUGUCAUCCAACAGGUCAAAUCUUUUUUGAUGACAUAAAUCUGGAGAAAAAUUACCUCCCUUGGAAAAGUUAUUCACAAAGUAAACUCGCUAAUGUCCUCUUUACAAGAGAGCUGGCCAACAAGCUACAAGGUAUUUAAUCUAAUUAACCUUUUACACUCUCACCAGAUCUUAUACUGUGCUUAAAAAGAUAAGUCCAUUGUACUUCAUUUAACCACUUAUAUGAGCUUUUAUAGAUAGACUUCGUUCAUUUUGGUUCCUGGCUUGUUAUAUUGCAGGGACUGGAGUCACCACAUACAGCCUUCACCCUGGAGUUAUCCGAACUGAGCUUGGACGGCACUUCUGGCCCGGCAUGCCACUGUGGAAGAGAGUGGUAUACACACCACUCAUGUUACUCAUCAAGUCUCCAACAGAGGGAGCUCAGACCACCAUCUACUGCGCUGUGGAGGAGAGCCUGCAGGACCAAAGUGGACUUUAUUACAGGUCAGUCAUUGAAAAGCAGUAGAGCGCACCUCCAAUACUACAUCCACAACCAAAUGAGCAGACUGAUAUUCUCAAGAUUUGUUGCUGUGCUGUGCUGACAUUGAGCACAGUGUGGAGGUAUUUACUAUGAUGGCACAAACUGUAUUUAUUUAUUUGAUUAGGACAAUGCACAUUGAUCAAUAUAUCAGCAAAAGCAUCCAAGUUAAUAUGCCGGAGUUAGCACAGUUGCUCAAUUUCAUCUGUUGUCCUAAGGCAGGUAUUACAGAAAAAUUACAUACAAACAAUACACCACGACAAUUUGAUAAAACAUGUAGAAACUGUAAUGUAGUAGUACUUCACAUAGUACUUCAAAACUAUAUUUAUAACAGUGGUCAGGUACUACUAUUCCCUUUGGACUAUUAUAUCUAAUGAUCAGUCACUCCACCAAUUCACUGGAACCACUUAAAACCUCCCUCCCUUUGCUACUUAAUUUAUGUCUACAUCUUUGUGCAGACCAGCUAUUUAGAAUUUUGCAUAUUCUUCUGCAUGUUUCCAAUUAUCAUGAAACCAGUGGAAUAACUGUAUUUUGGCCGUUGCUUUGGUUGCAUUUGAAUUUAAUUUGUACAAAUUAAUCUAUGCAGUUAAUUGUUGAGUUAGUUGUGUAGAGUUACUUAAAGGUACACAGAACAUCCGUAGUGUAGCGAUGAACUUAUUGAAAAGUCCCAAGACUGUUGUGUUUUAAAUCAGUGCAAUCUUGUCAAACCGAAUUAAUUAUUCUGGGUAACCUGAUAUCAAAUCUAAAUAUCUCAAACAACAUUGAAGACAGCAGCAUCGCCACUUGGGGGCAGCAGAGAAAGCUGAUUUACUCAUCAUUUUAAGGUGCAUUUCUAUUUGCAAACCAAUGAAUAUUCAUCAAGUUGAUGUCGAGUUACAUAUUUAAAAGGUCAACAUAGUCCAACAUUUACUCUAUUUAUAACUUAAUUUAUGCACCUCAGGGAAAACAGGUGGUGUAUAGUGUUUUUGAUGAUUGGUGGUGGUGGUGGGAAGGAGUAACAAACCUUUCUGUUUGUUUCCAUCCACAAGUGGCCACUAUAUAAAGAAAAUACUACAUAAUAACUACAAUUGGGCAACCAUUUCAAGGAAAAAUGUCAUUAUCAGGAUAUAAAACAGAGCUUUGAGUAAUCCAUUUUACUCAAACCAGUGUCCUUUCCAUAAACCAUAUGUAGCCAAAGUGAAGUCUGUUUUACUAAAACCAGAUUUUCCUGUAUGUCUGUACAUCUUCAUCCUGAAAACAAAAUCUUACACCAGUUGUGUUUUCAUAAAUUGAUCCAUGACUUAUAAACCCUUGUGUUAUCCUGAACUUUUAUUUUAGGGACAGAAUCAUCUCAGUGGGAAAGGUGAUGAGUUUGACUCUGAAUUCUGCUCUGUUUACAGCGACUGUGCCCCUAAAACACCAGCGCCUCAGGGUCGGGAUGAUGAAGCUGCCAAGAAGCUGUGGGAUCUGAGUGCCUCAAUGGUUGGUUUGACAUCAUCACAGUCAGAUCAGUCAGAAGAACAAUAAUAAUGGCUGUGGACUGCCAAGUGUCCUGGGGAAGGAUCACAGCUUUUUCCAAUAAGCACCUGUAUGGGUACUAUCAGCUGAGCUCUAAAUCAAAGGGACAAACAACAAACAAACAGAAGUUCACAAGUAAAAGACAUUUAUUCAGAAUAACAAUCAAUUGCUUGCAAAAAUACUAUAGAUUCAAUAAUAUCAUUUUCUUGAACAGAAGAAAUGCUUUACUGGCAGUCACACGGAAGCUGUAUGAUCUUAAGUUUUGAUUGCCAUUAGCGUGAAAUGACAUUUUAAUUGACAAGUUUUACCUGUGUCUGCGACUAAGGAUUCAAGCGUCAUACAGCGUCAAUUGAAUUAAUCAUUGAAGAACUUUGUGCUUUUGAAAGUUUCUUUAACGCUCGUAAUAGCAACAAACUUUUUUCCGUCUGGGCAAUAAAGUGCUGUUUUACAUAGCCCAUUACUUUAGCUGAUUCUUAAGGCAUAUUUUCAUCCAUUCACAUGUGGUGGGUCAAUUUGUUCUUCUCAAGACCAACAGGAAUGAAAUAAAACACAUUUUGGUUCUGUCAUCACGAAUAACAAAUGCACCUAAUACAUCAAAUGUAUAUCUCUGCUCUUUUUUUAAGAUUCCUUUUUCUCAAAGGCACUUUGUACAAAUUUGCUACAAACAGUCAAAUUUCAUCUUACUUAACGCUACAUCUUGGACAAGUGCAUCACAUUUUUCUUUUUCCAAAAAAACAAAUCCAGUAACUGUGCUAAUUACAUACGCACAAAGUGCACCCUGGUGACCUGCAGGCUACAAGUGGACCCUGUUUGUUCCCUAAACAUUACAUUAACAAGUAACACAGCUAGUUCUGAGGAUCAGUACCAUGUCUUGGCAUUUACAUUCAAAACUGUGGUACAUAAGUAGCAAAUGUGUAGUGAGUAAUGUAAAUCCUAAAGGUUGGGUGUAAAACAGAGAGGAACUCUAACUAUAUUGCUCGGUUUCAAUAAAUAUAUAUUUAUACGUUAUAAAUAAUUCAUUAUUCAACAUCUAGAAGACCAUGAGUCUAUACAGCUGAACCUAGGGAUGUACUUCCUGACAAUUUAUGGUGUUAACAUCUCUACUCCCACAUUAUGUGCUUCACAAUCAUCACUAAUCACUAAUGAGCCAGCUCUUCAAAAUCAGAUAGCUGCUUCAUCUGCUCCACUUGCAUAGAGUGCCUUCUCACAAGUUUCUUUUUGGACUUGAGCCCGCCUCUCUUUGGUGUGUUUGGUGCUACUGGACCUAUGGAUCUAAUUCCUGUGGCCAAGGGUGAGGAAGGCUUGCUACUUGCACCUAUGUCGGGAAUGGGAGGGUUAGGGUUAACAUUAAGAGGGGGCAGCUGGCCAGGCCUGGUGUGGGAGAUGUGGUCAAGCAGCAGGGUGCCCGAGCCUCUCCUCUCCAGGAGGCCGGGCGCUCGCCUGUGUGCCGUGCUCGGAGAGGAUGGGCUGGCAUUGCUGUCGAGGGAUUCUCUGGAGCUGGUCAGCAAAGCUAGUGGAGAAGUAUUGAGUUUCCUUCGCUCCAGUGGUACCUUGGGAGAGUCCAACAUAGCAGAGUCGGAAUAGAGCUGUGAGUCUGAGUCAUAGUGAUCCUUCCCCAGGCGUCUCCUGUGCAUUGUGUCUCUCAGAGUAACAGGGCCACUGCUGCAGCUGCCGCCGCUCUCCUGCUCUGUUGGCACAGUGCUGCGUCGAGCCAGUGGCUGGUGCUGACAUAGACUUUUCUCAUACGAUGCUUUAGAUGUAAGAGGAAGUGACUGUAAGGUUUUCAUUUUGGAGGCUUGUUCACCCACCGGUGGAAAGAAGCUAUCCUUCCCAUCUACGCUGCUCUGUCGAGAUAAAGCCGACCUUUUGCUGAGAGAGAGUCCGUUUACCCCUGCUACGACAUCCUCAUCUGAGCCGGCUUUUCUGCUCUCCUCAUGGGCGGCGGCUGCAGCAAUAACUGAGGGGGCUAUCAGCCCCCAGGGCUCUGACUGCAGCCUCUUCAGCUGAGGCAGACGAGCACGUUUUGUAUUUGCAGGCCUGCGCGUUGGAGAUGUGGGCCCAUUGGCAAGCUUUGAAGCUGAAGAGGAGGUUUUCAGCUUUGUUUGAAAACUGAAGACAGUGUUUGGUUGCUCCUGCUCAGGUGUGGGUGAUGCAGUAACAUCAAUGUCAGAGGGGGAGGUGCAGUAUGCUGGGGGAGACUUCUCAUCCAGCUCUGGCGAUGGAGGUACAUUUAGGUACUGUUUAGUAGUUUUUGUGCCACAAGGCGACUUGUCUGUGGUGAUAAUGAUGACCUCCUUGCCCUUUGCUUUGCAUGCAUCCAAGAGCAGUUUUAGCGUCGCCUUAUCGUCUGCAUUAAUGGCAUAGACGAGGGCGGAGGCCCCGCUCCUGUCCUCCAGACUAGGAUCAGCUCCAUUGCUCAGCAGGUGAUCCACUACCUCAUGUCCAGCCUUGUGGAUGCAGGCGUGCAUUAGAGACGUCCUGCCUGUUUUAUCCUGUAUGUUUGGAUCCGCCUUGUUUUCCAGGAGAUACUUCACCAGCUUUGAUUUGCUCACACUCUGCUGGUCAUUGUGUGUGGACAUGCAGGCCACCAUAAGCGGCGUCUCCCCACGUUCAUUGCUCUCGUUGAUGUAUGCGCCUCCUUCCAGCAGAAGCCUGGUGAGUCUCAACCGUCUGAGCCACACUGCCUUCAAGAGGGAGUUUCCAUCCGUCCGCAGCUCCAGUAUGUCUGCCAUUGCCGAGCAGGUCACAGAUUUCCUCAGAGUUGAACUUACAGCACACAGCCCUUUGAACAAACCAGUGAAGACGAUGAGUACACAUUGUGAAAUCUUGAUAACUUCAGAGUCAUAUGGUUUGUCCUUGUUGAGUAUACAAAAAAUCAUCACCAGCAGGUGGCAGUCUAUUACAACUUCAGCAUUGUAAACACGGUUGAGGCUCCUGUUGAGGGUUUCAGACUGAGUAAAUACAAUUUUAAUUAAAUACUUCAAAUGACAGUGAAGUGUAAUGAAUGCAGCUUUGUGGAGUUAGAUCUGAUCAUGUCAAUAAAACAAGUCAUGUGAAUGCAGGAGCCGGCAUGUUAACAACACCUGUUAGAUUCACAAACACAUCAUUAAGGAUGAUCCAGGCUACAGAAAGAUAUCAAAAUCAAAGUUUCCCGCGUAGUCUAAAUGCAGACAACCUUUUAGCCUAUAUAUAUGUGUGUUUUAUCUCCAUCUAAUUGAUAGAAGUGACGAAUAACGAGGAAAAAAACGCAUCUGCCCACCUCUCCGCGCGCAAAAACAUAGAACCACGCUCCUCUAUUGGAAUAUAUAUACCCUUGAGGCGGGUUUCCAACAUGAUAGUUAAGUAUUAAUCUUUUAGUAUGACUCAAACACAUGCACACAGGCGAUAAUACAUAGCGCCACAGCUUGAGACGCAGGAGUCGCUGUCCAUGGUUCUCGUUUUGGAAAACUUGGCACCAGAAACGCGCUCAAUUGUAAAUAACUGGAUUGGCAGCUUAAUUCUUCGUUAUAAUAUGCAUUUGAGGCGACAUGUAUGAUCCCAAGUAAUAUAUAUAGUAUGUUAUAUCUAUACAUCUAUAUUAAAAUCGGUAUAUUUGUGCGUACCCCCUAAUAGAUGAAGUAAGCAUCGGCUCAAGAUAACCACAUACAGUAGAAUUAGACUUGCAUUUGUUAUGUUGUUGAAUAAUUAUUGCUGUCUUACCUGGUCAGAUGAGAGGUUUUCCAUCCUCAAAGUAGGCUACUCAUUGCAAGAAGCAAAAAAAAAAAAAAAAAAAACAAGGAGAAAAUAAAUCAUUCAGAAUACAAAGUUUGCCACAGGUCUCCCUGCUCUUUCUUAUUUCUCAGACCUAACUGCUCCCAUCGAUGCGUCCAAGUGUGGGUGACAGGGAGCCGUUCCUUUCUGCCACCAUCGCACAUGAGCGGUGGCUUUUGUUAUGAAGACACACUACAUCAGUCCAAUGGGGAGUAUUCCUUUCACUGCGCACUCAAGGAUCACAACCUGGAGACGCUGCGGGUUAUAAAUAACUUACUUUCUUCCUUGCUGAAUGAAACGUGUAUUCUCUUGACGUCAGAGUCGACCAAAAAUAAACCACGUCUGAAGAAAAA